AUGGCAGCCAACAAAGCCAACCAGGGAAAAGGAAACGGGAAGAAGCCGGUAGAUCAAAAGAAAAACGAGCUUUCCGAGUUCGACAAGCGCUUCAUCUCGAAGCCUGCAUUUUGCAUGAUUACUCCCCCGGAUUGGCCGCCCCGACCAGACAUAUUUGACGAGGUUCUUUUGAGAAAACCCAUCACCCCGGAAAGAGCCCACGAUGCUUAUAUGGUCUGGCAUCUACCCGACCAAGCCCUCGGAAAAGUUUGGCGGGAAUGGGAGAAGAAAAAGCAGCGGCCAUAUCCGCGACCUCCCGACAAAGACCUGGAUAUUCAUGUCCUGGCACACAAUGUGUAUGAGCAUCUGAUGAGCGACCCCCUCCUCCCUAUCUCCUAUGAUGACGGAGGGCGAACUUUCGCAGAACAAGGCCUUGACAGACAAUACGAUUUUUCCAAGAAUAUGCUGCAAACAAAAAAGGCGGCUAUCGACUCGGGCGGCCUUGGAUACCUGGACUUCCUUGAUUUGAGCCAGCUCCAAUCACAAUGCAAAGAAAAAAGACUGGAUACAUCUGGAAAUGCAGCCACUCUCAAGAAACGCAUCACGACGUACACUAUGGACAAGUGGUCUGGGAUGCUGCUGAAGACUGACAUUUCUCACUGGGGCGUUGAGCGCGCAGACAAAUACACCCUGGAACCUUGGAAUAGACCCAAGGCCACUGCGCUGGAAAUGUACACCGCUGCAAUUCAGAUUAGUCCCUACAACCCGACUUACUGGGUCAGCCGUGCCUACUGCCACUACCAACUUGGUUACUUCGAUCUCGCUAUUGGCGACGCUUACCGCGCCCAGCUUCUGUGCGACGUGCUUGAGCAAUCGUCAGACCGCAAUCGGCGGCCCGGAUUCUAUACGCGGAUCUGGGAGGCCAUCGAGGCGCACUUGAUGGCUGUUCCCCGUGAUAAAGAUGGAAACCUCAAGCCUGAAGUUGCUCGCAAGCGGAAGGCCAACGGUAUCAACGUUUUUGUGCCCACUCUCCAGAAAGCACUCCACGGUAUCAUCAGUCUCAGUCUGGCCGGACUCAACGCAUGGCAGGAUUACGAUGACUACAUGAAGAUCCUCGACACCAGACUUGGGAUGCCUGAUCGCGAUGUAUGGGUGCCGCAGCUGCGCAAAACGAUAAGCGAAAAGGCUGCCAAGAUCUACCAUGACGAGACGAAGCGUAAGAAGAAACUCUUCUUCCAUGAGCACAGUGCGGGUGCAGUUCCAGCUAGUCGACCUUAUCCAUUUGAGAAUCAGGAUGUCGAUCGCACCUCGUCAUCCUUCCUUGACACAAUCAAUAAGAAUGUCUUCGACGACGCUGGUACGAUGGGGAAACGCUCGAAACCAACCUGUUACGCUGGCAAGACUGGCGAGACGCAGGAAAUUGGCGUCUUUGCCAAAAGUGCGAUCAAGACGGGCGCCAUCAUUCAUAUCGAAGAGCCCACGAUCCGAGGGAACCUCCCGCCGCGCCGUUUGGCCCAGGACCUGCACGGAAAAGUCAAUGACAAAAGCCGAUGUGGGAAUUGUCUCAAGGAGAUCACUCCGGCAAUGAUUCGACUGCAGAACAAGACGAAAGACAAUAAGUGUCCCUGUGCUGAAAAGGGGCUGUUCCAACCCGGCGCCUCAGGUCUGGUAUUCUGCAAACCACACGCCAGAUCGAAGAACAAGGGUUGCCUGGAAAUUGCACGCGAGGUCCAUCAUUUCAGCAGUUGUGGCAAAGAUUGGCAAUGGCUUUACGAUUCCAUGAGACCUGUUGUCAAUACAUGGCAUGACAAAGAGUACAUAUCUCACACGAAUGAAGGUCACGGAACUACGCUGAUGCUUCUUCUACGUAACGUGUUUGAGAUUGCACUUCAUCGCCGGCAACAGGAGCCCGAAGAUGACAUGCGACUUAAUGCACACGAGAUUGAUGAGCUGCUCAUGCUCGAUGGGAACAGUAAAUCGUGGAGAGAAAGCUGGUUCCCCUUCAACAUGGCAGCCAACAUCAAGGUGCCUUUCGAUAUCCUUGAAUCGCUGGGUGUGGAUAUUUUCCAGCGACCAGAAUUUGAUACAUGGAUCAUUCAAUUAAUCCUCCGUAAGCUCCUAGUCAAUGCCGUGCCUUGGGAUCCUCGGCGCCAGGGAGAAGUAUCCGACAGGUUGGGAAAUGACCGAGACAAGAAGCUUCAUACCCCAGAAGUCCAGUUCAAGCACAUGCAGAAGAAGGAGCCACUCACUGAUCUUGAUCCGUCUUUUGCAAAUCUAUAUCUCUUCCCGGGGCUGAGCAUAUUCAAUAAUUCCUGUGCGGACUCUCACAAUGCCGAUUGGGGCUAUGAUAAGUCGGUCCCAAACCGCAUCAUCGUUUGGGCUACCAAGGACAUCGCCCAGGGAGAAGAGAUUCGCAUUCGCUAUCGAAACCACGCGAUCAAGUCCCAGCGACGGGCAACCCGACUCCUUGGAGGUCCAUGUCGAUGUCCCCAAUGCCACAAGAACCCACCACGACCAACAACCCCGGACUCGGAGAAUUUCACUGACCAGACCUUUUCUUCCGAUGAGGGUGAACCCGAGCCAUAUCCAUGGGAGAUCCUCAACGGGGAACAGAAUGGCGAGACAUCCGAGUCUGCGUUCGUUGACCCAUCAUCUUCAGAAUACGCCGAUACGCAAGAAUUCCUACCACAGGACGAACAAAGGGUCGCCCGCGAAGAACGUGCUGUUGUCAAGGGUAAUAAAGUGGUGAUCUAUCGCAGCGUGAGGACCCAAGGCCCUCUGCCUCCGGGAUGGGAACGGAAGAGAAAGAUUAUAAAAGUGGAGGAGGAACCAUUGAAGAGUAGAAUCAUUGACAUAUUCGGCAGAGAGAUUCAAGUUCCCACUGAUCCGGAGGAGCGGAAGGUAUGGGCUCGAAAGUACAGGGAGGAAAUGAGGAGGAGGGCAGAUCGGUGGCUGCAGAAGGACGAUGAUGAUGAUGCAUCGGAUUGGGAAAAGGACGGAUCGGCGAAAAGAGGUCAGAAGAAGCGCAAGAAGUAG